GAAUUACCUUAAAUAACAUAAACUUUGUUUCGGCGGAAUUAUCCUUGCAAACUUAACACGUAGACCCAAAACAGCAUGUCAGCGCCGGCGAUAAAGGCCCGGCCUCGGGAUGAACCGGAUAGUGAAGAUUCUGUAGCUGCUGAGUUUGGAGGUGACUACUCUGAGGCAUCGCUGGAGCUGAUUCGGACUCUUGGUCGGAAAGGGGCCCAAUUCGGCGAGGUAGAGCCGUCUGAAGAGGCGAUCUUGCAGCCCCCGUCACAAGCAGCAUGCGAUGCAGCCGUAGAAAGUCUGGCGCAACUCGCGCAGCAAUUGCAGGAGGUUGAGCAGCACACUCCCGACGCUCGUGAACGCGAAUGGGUGGGCUACAAGCGCUCGCUCGUUGAGGAUGCCGACACGGAGGACGUCAAUUGGCUCAAACUCAAAGCCUACCACCACGGCGUCGACAGGCUACGCGCGGCGCGCGGCGAGAAUGCUGCUGGCGACAACGUCGAUGCCCAGUCCAGCCUUGAGCAGCUUUCUUCCUCCACCAUUCCAACCUUCUCGGAACGCGAAGCCAUGCUUGCAGCAUCGCAGGCGGCCCUCCCCUCUACCAGCGAAACCGAGUACGACAACCUCACCAAUCCUCAAUUCCAAUGCCCAGCGCUUCUCUCAGCCGCAACACCAUGCGCGCUAGCCGCAGCCACCUCCUCACAAACAGCAGUCUCUGACACGCUGGCAGAGUCUACAGCUAGCGCGUCAGCCGUCCCAGUAACAAGCUACCGUGAUGAUUACCUAGAGGAGCAGUACUUGUCGCAGCGGCUGGCUGCGCAGCAGCGACAACGCUCGCGGGCCUUCCAGUUGGGCCUUGUGGUCGCGAUUGGGGCAUCGGUGUUGCGAUGGUGGGUGCGAAGAAGCCGCGGUGGCGGCAACGGCGAGCGCGGGCGUGGGCCGCAGCAACAGCAGCCGCAACAGCUAGCAGCGGUGGCGUCUGGCCAGUCGUUGGGUAUGACGGAGUGAGCGGCGCGCCAGCGCGUUGGCUUGGGGUUGGUGUCGAGCAGGCAUGGGGCGUGGGAGGGGUAGUUGGAUUGUGGUAGAAAGGACGGAUGGAACAGGGUGUUGUGGUGGCGGGUCAGGAAUGGGGACGCCGGGGACUGUAAGGAUGUCCUGCCUGCAGCAUAACCUUGCAUGGACGGACUACGCAUGGGGAUGGGUAUGCAUGGCGACGGUGUUCUGUGUGCAGCGCCUGUUGCUGCUGUUCAUGUGGAGCUUGGCAUAUGCUUUCGGAGCGGGAGGGGCGUAGGAGCGGUAUGCUGGCAGUACGAGCUCCCGAGGAUUAUAGUAACCAUGUUCUCAAUCAUGUUAUGCUGUAGCGGGCUGUAGUCAAAGAACAGCUAAAGCAGGGUAUUGUGCUAUGUAGUAGCAGGUGACAGACACUCAAGUGACAAGGGUUGUAACUGGGCGCUGCCCGGCGCCGCUAGCAGCCUGCUGGGCGAUCUGUUGGCUUUCGUAGAAACAAGCAAUGGUGUUUGCAAACCAUGGGGUUUGCCUCCCCGGAUGGUUGGCUCGGUUCACUUCUGGUGUGUUAAAAUAACUGGCCGCGAGUAGGAACAUACUGGGAUGUCGGAAGUGGUGUGUGUGUGGUGGGGUUCCUCCAGCAGGAGGUUACAACACAGGCAGUUGUAAUUGCGGGGCAUGGACUUACGGUGGUGUGGCAGGUUGUGUGGUAGGCAUGCAAGCAGGC